AUGUGGAGAGUGGUGGUUGCGCGAUCCACGGACGAAAACAGCACGCUGCUGUCAUCGGAGAUCGCCACCGGUCCUCCGGUCGGACCUUCCGGUCAUCCUCCUCCUCCUCCUGCUCCGCCUCAUCAUCAUCACCAUCACCACUGGGGCUAUCCACCGCCGCCUCAUCCCUCCUAUCACCCCGAUGCACCGCCGCGUCAUCAUCACGAGAUGCAACGUCUCCAGCCGCCGGAGUUGCACAGGCCAGAAAUGCCGAGGCAUCAUCAAGAUCUGACGGGGAUGAGGCCGGACAUCACCGGAGAGAUUCGAUCCAGUCACGAGUUCCCCGAUUUGAAAAUCGACGUCGCCGAGAACGGCCAACAGCAGCAGCAGCAGCAGCAGCAGCAGCAGCAACAAGCGUCGCAGCAACAGAGAAGUUUGAAAAGGACCAUGAGCGAUUCCGACUGCGACGACGUGUUCUCCGAGGAGAGUGGCAAAGAACCGUGCAAUUCGCCGGGAGGCGAUUCCUGUCAGCACGCGUCGCGAAAACGAAGAAGGGGGAUGAUCGAGAAGAAACGUCGCGACAGAAUCAACGCGUCCCUCGGCGAGCUGCGGAGACUGGUACCCGCAGCGGCGAGGGAUCCUCACAGCGGGAAAUUGGAAAAGGCGGAGAUUUUGCAGCUCACCGUCGAGCAUCUCCGAACCCUUCGAAACAAAGGUCCGGAGGGUUACGACAGCACCAAGCUGGCGAUGGACUAUCACGCGGUGGGCUGGGGCGAAUGCGCCGCCGAAGUUGGUCGCUACUUGGUCACGAUGGAAGGUCUCGACGAGAGAGAUCCUCUCAGGCUACGACUGCUCUCUCACCUGCAAAGCUUCCAUCGCGAACAUCCCCCCGCGGCGGGAACCGCGUCCCUUCCACCGACGACCACCACGUCGGGCACCAGCUACGAGCCGGCGAGCUCCGGAAUGCCAGCCGGCACCCCCGGCACUCCCGUGCCGCCACUUCUAGGUGGAACAGCUCUCGGAUGGGGCCAGUACCCGGGACAGUAUCCGCAGCAGCAGCACGGAAAACCGUACAGGCCCUGGGGUGCUGAAUUGGCCUACUGA